AUGUUGCUGCUUAUUCGUAGUCCAAGUGUGAUAAGAGCUGGUAUUAACCCAGGGUGCUUCGUCUUGCCUGCAAGAUCUAUUUCCUUUAAGCCAGACUUUUCCAAGUACAAGAAGAUCCCCCAACCACCUGGUAAUAUUGUAGGAACUGUGAACGAUGCCGCCAAGAUCCCGCUUGUAAGUUACUAUGACGGUGGGUACCACUGGACAUAUGAAAGACUUAUCACUGUUGGUUUGGUUCCGUUGGCCAUGUCUCCAUUAAUUGGUGGUGUUGAUUACCCAAUGAUUGAUUCUAUUUUCGCAAUUGGUUUACUUUUCCAUUGUCAUGCUGGGUUUAAGUCGUGUAUCAUCGAUUAUAUUCCUGAAAGAGUAUGGGGUGUUUGGCAUAGAAUUGCUUGUCGUAUCUUGACCUUUGGUACAUUUACUGCCAUGUACGGUAUCUACAACUUGGAAACAGAAAAUGAAGGACUUUUCGACUUGGUAAAGAGCAUUUGGAAUGCUUGA